AGUAUCAACAUUGUGCAUGAAACAAUCCUCUCGUUCAGAGAAGACAAUUCCCCUUUAAGGGGGGUUACACCAAAUUUAAACUUAAACGCAUAAAAAAUGACUUAUGCAGUAGGUUUGCCACCGUAGGUUUGCCACGUCCAAAUACGCUACUAACCCGUCAAUGGAAACUCUCACUUCUCCUAAACGAACCUGCAAAAACAGCAAGAACACAGAAGCCCUAGCACAGAAACUCAGUUAUGAAAGAAGUCGUCGUGGAGCAAACAAGUCCCAGAAGGGAGUCUCCGGCGGCUUUCUCCGCGAGUUUUCCGAGUAUUUUAUCUGACUCACAAAGGCAGCUUUGUGAUUCGCCUCGCUUCCAGCAAGACUGCGCGUGGUCGUGGCUUGUUUGCCUCAGUGCGGCGCUGUCUAACACUAUCGUGGUCGGCCUUUCGUUCAGCUAUGGAGUACUCUUUCCUGUUUUACUGGACUAUUUCAAGGAAGACAAGGCCACGACAGCCUGGGUAGGAUCCCUGUUCAUGUCCGUCUCGUUCUUUGUGGCUCCGAUAUCGGCGAGCUUAUGUGACCAAUAUGGCUGCCGUAUUACUGCAAUGGGGGGAGCAUUUAUUUGUUGCCUAGGGUUACUGCUGACGUCACAGGCACCAAGCCUGUACACCAUGUUUCUGACGUAUAGCACUAUAACAGGGUUCGGCUGCUGCUGUGUCUACACGGCGUGCUUCAUCGCCGUGCCCAAGUACUUCACCCAGAGUCGCUCUCUCGCCGUCGGCUUCGUAUGUCUCGGUCCCGCCGCGGGAGUCAUGGUGAUCGCGCCUCUUCUCCAGCUGCUGCUGGACCUGGUGGGAUGGAGAAGGGCCCUUCUUUGCCUCGCGGGCGUCACUGCGGUCGUCUGCCUCGUGACCUCGUCAUUUGACUCAGAAAUCGUGAAGAGACCCGAGUCUCCCGCACGGUCACUUGGUUUGGACGAGGGGACUAAAGCCGAGAGAGGUCCCUACGGGAUCAUGUUACGCGACACCAGGUUCCUGUUGCUGCUGGUGGUCAGCGCGCUGGUGUUCCUCGCGCUGUAUAAUCCGCAAAUGCAUCUGGUCAAGUUUUGUCAAACCCUCGGUAUCACUGAUGACAAAUCCUCGAUGUUGUUCUUGUACAUCGGCCUCGCCUCAAGCGUCCUGCGUAUCAUCAGCGGUCGUCUCUGUGAUUCUCCCCACAUCAACCCCCUCAUCAUCCUACAGGGGGGGUACACCCUCCUAGGGUGCAUGUACAUCUUGUUGCCAUGGGCAACCAUGUACAGUCAACUUGUGGGCAUCGCUAUUGCUAUCGGGACCAUGGAUGGACUGGCGUGUACUGCCAUUAACCUGCUUAUUCUUGAGUCUCUGGAGGAAAAGUACAGGGGACACGCCUAUGGAGUGUGGUUAACUGUCGUGUCUAUACCUAUAGCCGUGGGGCCACCUCUAACGGGUUUGAUAUCUGACAGGUUCGGCACAUACACACCCGGUUUUAGUAUGAGUGGGACACUACUCGUUCUCAGUGCACUCGUCUCGUGCUCGAUCAACCUCAUCCGCAGGGAGCCCGUACAGACGGAAGUAACUAUCACGACAAUGGAAUCGAGAAGACUUAUAACAGAGAAGUUAACUGUUGUAUAAGUCUCGUCUUAUGUUCGCGCUUCUUUUAGUAGCUUUGCACCUCGCGAAAGUGCUCUUCGAAUGGUUUUCCAGAUAAUGGGGGUCCUGGGUCUUCAGCGGGGAAAACCUAUUUUACGAUAAAGCUAAAGCUAAAGAUCCAAGUGCUUAGACUGCUAUAGGAAUAACAUAUUUGUAAAAAAAAAGUUAUCUGCCGGAUAGGCGCUACCCACCGGAUAAGAUCCCUAUCCAUGCAGCGGAUAGUUCUCCGACGGAUAAAUAGCGUUGCACAAAGCGUGGAUAGAAGGCUGGAUAACUAUCCGCUGAAUCGCCAUCAAUACCAAUAAAUGGCUUCCCGUUUCCAUUGUAAAUAUGCAAAGCGCGCGCUGGUUUUCCUUUAAACAAAACGGCAACCGUUGAAAGAGCUACAAAAAAGCCAGAAAACAAUCAGUUUAUCGAGGCAAAGUGCAUGUAAAUCAUGGAUUAAUCAAAGGGGGAAGGUUUUAGCUUCCUCUUGUCUUGGGGGAGUCGACAUUUCUUGACAGAAAAUGCAAUAUAUAGAUUUUUUCCAUUCCUGCCAGAUCUUCAUAUUAGUUCGUAGUUCAUUGUAAAUUUACCAACUGUAAAAUUUUCAUGUGUUCCAACUUUCACUGUGUCUAACAUUAAUCUAAAUUCUGACAAUAAAUUUGAAAGAAAGAUGCCA